AUGUUUGUUUUGCAAUACCUGUAUAGGAAACAUGGCUCUAAUAAGUUUACCUGAUUUAUAAGUUGUGUCAGGUCUCUAGGUGGAUUUCUGAGGAGGCAUAUAUUUUAAAAGGCCAGGCAAAGCACAGGCAUACAAGGGAACAGGUGUGUCUGUAUACUCUGAAAUUAGAUAAGGAAAGAAAAAAUCUCAGGAAUUCGAAUAAAGGUAAAAAGCUUUGAAGAUGUAAAUUACAUGUGCUGAAUUUGUAGAUUUAAUGGCAGGAAGAAAGGGUUUUCCAAAAGUUCCAGGAAGAUGUCUGAGGGGUGAGUUACAGGAUAAUGAGAGUCAUGGAGUUAUCUGAGAGAGCUGAGUUUGGAGAGGAACAGGAUACCUCUUCUUCUCAUCAUGCAGACAUGUGGAAAGGAUCACAUAGCCACUUGAAGAUUAAACAGAAAGUAGAUUGGAUGAGGUAUCUCCCUACAGGCAACCUCAAUUUGCUUAGAAAAAUUAGAGAUAAGGUCUUCCUUAAGAAUUGAAAAGUUUGAAGAGGCAAGAUCAUAUAAAAAAGACAGUUUGGGAGUAGAGGGAUUUCUGAGAAUCUGAGCACCCUGUUAAGUUUGAGCUAUAUAGAUUUUUCUGAGGUAAGUCCAAAAACAACCCUAUCUUUUACCAGCUGGUCAAGAGAAGGAGUAAGGAAGUCCCCUGAUAAGAUUUAUCUAGGUUAGGUAAAAUUUGGAUGGGAAUAAGAGAAAGAAAGGAGAAAGCAGUGGUUUACUGGGAGGUCAUCAAAUCUAAAGAGCACAGAAAGAGCAGACCAGCCAGCAGAAGAUGGGUGUUCAAUGAUAGUGGGAGGACUUAUGCUUACUAGCCUAUUAACUUUCAAACACUGCCACCUUUCCCAGAGUGAAUAGGCCUCUUGAGAAUGAGAAUAUCCACCCUACCAAAUGCCAACUUGAGCUUCUCUACAUUCCUGUUGACGGGCUUCCCAGGCCUGGAGUGGGCUCACCACUGGAUCUCACUGCCCAUUUUUGUAGGUUACCUUGUGGCCCUCCUGGGUAAUGCCACUAUCGUGCAUCUGAUAGGAACUGACCCUUCCCUCCACCAGCCCAUGUACUAUUUCCUGGCCAUCCUAGCUGUGACAGACUUGGGCCUGUGCGUGUCCACGUUGCCCUCGGUGUUAGAUGUGCUGUGGUUUGAUGCUCGGACAGUAGGCCUGGUACCCUGUGUUCUGCAGCAGCACUUCCUCCACUCCUUCUCUUUCAUGGAGUCAGCUGUGCUCUUUGCUAUGGCUCUGGACUGCCUCGUGGCCAUCCAUUUCCCACUGCAUUACGCAUCUGUGCUCACAGGCCCUGGUGUGGCAUUGGUCGGGGUAGUGCUGGGCAUGCGGAGUGCCGCCGUUACCGCUGCACCCUCAUUGCACCUAUUAAAUUUCAAGUACUGUCACCCAGGGGCACUCUCCCAUGCCUACUGCCUUCACCAGGACAUGAUCCACCUGGCCUGCUCUGACACCCGUUUCAGUAGGCUCUAUGGGCUGUGCAUCAUCAUGCCGACCACGGGCUCUGAUGUCCUCUUCAUCCUGCUCUUCUACACUAUCAUCCUGUGCACUGUACUGGCCGUCGCCUCCACAGGGGAGCGGCUCAAAGCCCUCAACACCUGCCUCUCCCACAACCUGGUGGUGCUCUGCUUCUACGUACCUGUGCUAGGCCUUUCCAUUGUACACAGAUUUGGGUACCACACCUCGCCGCUGGUACACAUCCUCAUGGGCACUGUCUCUGUGCUUUUCCCACCUUUGAUGAACCCUGUCAUCUAUAGCAUCAAGACCCAACAGAUCCUCCGGGCCAUCCUCAGGAUGGUUUCACUGAGAAAGAUACAGUGA